CAGCACGCGCGCGGACCUCCCCCGCCAACGGCUCGGGCCCGGCACAGGCGGGGGGAAGGGGCGGGGCUUGCCCUGACCACGUGACGCUGCCGCGGAGGCCCCAGCCAAUAGGAGCGCGCGGAGGCUCCGGGCGGGUUUCAGAUGCAGUCUGAGUCUGAGAAGUAUGAAGAAGAGAUGCCUUCUCUGCACUGGGGUAUAGAUCCUGUAUUUUCUGCAUUUGCAAGACUCUAUAUUAAAGAUAUUACAGAAAUGAGAGAAUCUGUACAGGUGCCAGGUAUAUUCUUUUAUAAUGGACAUCCAAUAAGACAGGUGGAUGUUGUUGGGAUAGUGGUUCAAAAGAAGGAGCGAGAUGCCUUUUAUAAUUGUGGAGUGGAUGAUAGUACUGGAGUUAUAAAUUGUGUCUGCUGGAAAAAUCCCAUGCUAGCAGAACCACCUUUAUCAGGUCAUCCAAGCACAACCAGCAGUCUCAGUGUGUUUGAACAGCUGAAGAAACUCCAAGAAACAGUAAGCCAGAAAACCAAGCUGGAGAUUGGAGAUGUUGUCAGAGUCAGAGGUCACAUCCGAACCUAUAGGCAACAAAGACAAAUUCAGGCUUCAUGUUUUUAUAAAGUGGAUGAUCCUGUGUGUGAUGUCCAGAUUUCGAGAAUGCUGGAGCUCCCCUGUCUCUAUAGAGAAGUUUAUGAUAAACCUUUCAAGGGCCCUGAGGAAAUACAGAGUGGCCUGGAGGGUCAGAAUUUCUCAGUCCAUAUGCUGCAUGAGAAAGUGCAAGGCUUUCUAUUAGAAAACAAAAUUCAGACCUUUUACCAGCAGGAGUUGGAGACAGUUGAUUCUCUGGUGUCUUUGAUGGGUGUGCAUCUACGAAGGCCCAGCUGUGAGGAGGUGAAGUCAGAAAGUAGCUCCAGUUCCAAAAGGAUUCACAGUGCUUUUAAGGAAGCAAUAAAGAUGCUACAAGAAAAAGGAGUGGUUUUCCAGAAACCUAGCAGCUCCAAGGACUUAUACUAUGUGACUGACCAUGAUAAGGAGCUGUUUAAAGUGACCCUUGAUGUGAUUAAAGAAGACUGUCGAAAACCCAGGCAUGCUGAAAAAGGCUGCCAUUUCCUUCAUGUCCUGAGCUGUGUUCAGCAGAGCUACAACCCCUCUCUGCCUGAAGUGGUGAUGCACCGUGUCUUGGAACUACUGGAGAGUAACAGUGAUAUUGUCAGCACUAUGGAAGGAUAUUUUAUGGUAUUUUAAAGAGAAAAGAUAAGAAAGAGAGGUUGAGAGACUGUGACAAGCUGUAAUUAUCUAGUGUGAUCUAGAUAGUGGAUAAAAAAGAGCCUUUUGAUUCUCUAAAUUCUAUUUUUGUCCAGCUUCAGAGAAAUUGUUCAAAUACUUGUUUUAAUAUUCUUCCUGACUUUCUUGCUAUUCCUAGUGAAAGUGGUAUCAAACUGAUUCUGGGCAUUCUAAUCUAGCAGGGAAACUGAAAAAUAAGUUGUGUUCUUGGAGUAGGAUGAGACAUUGACCAUCCACACAUCUGCAUCCUUUGGCCUAAAGAAAAAUUACUGUUAAAGAUCACUGUUUACAGCAGUGGUCAUCUCAGGAGAUAUUUUUCUGGCUUAAGGACUAAUCUUGCUAGGUUUCAUGUGGUAAUAGCUGUGGAUUUUUCUAUGUGAACUUGGUAACAUCCAGAGAAAGGACACACAAACAGAAGGAUUUGCCUGUCCUUCCUGGCAGUGCUGGUGCAUCUCUGUCUGUGAAGAUGUGUUCCUCAAUCUGGGCAGCUUUCUCACUACUAAAGCAAUCCUCACCAUUCUCUGUAAAGUAAUAUUCAGGAAUGGGGUCCUGCAUCCCUUCCCCAUCCUGCAGUCUUGCCCACUGGUUGUCAAGCAUGUCUGCAUUCCUCUGCAUUCCCAUCUAUGCUACUGAUGCCUGUUGCUGCAAUUUCUCUUCAGACCAGAAUUCUCAAAAUCAGCUACUGUUUUGCUGUUUCAGUUGCUUUUAAUAUCACAAAUGGUAAAAAAUAAAUUAGAUGCUUUGGAAAAGAAAAUACAGAAGCCAUUGAGACCCACUGUAAUCUCCUCUGCCUGUUGCUUUUUGUGUCUUUUAUUCUUUGUCACUUUUGUGGUAAAAUACUACCCGUAUUUGUGCUUGCAGAAGAACACAAGGCAUAGAUGAAACAGUGUUGGCCUAAAGAAGGUCACCAUGCAAGAUGUUUGAUCUGGAAUAAUUAUAACUGUUAUGUGCAACAGUUAAAAAACAAAGUUGUUCAAUAUUUAUGCUUAGAGAGGGCUUGCUGCUGCAGGGGCUUGUCUGUUUAAUUAAUCUGUUUAAUUUAUGGUGUGGAGGUGAGACCUUUAACUUGAAAAGAGUACAAAAGAUUGAAUUUAUCCUUUUUUCCUCUGCACCUUCCCUGUAACAGUUGAAACAGCAGACUCCCUGGAGGCAGCUGUAGUGGUAAAGCCCUAUAUAAGGAUUGACAUAGCAGGGAAAAAUAAACCAUAUGCAUGAGGAAAGCCAGUGAGUAGCCCCAUGUGUGCCAGCUCUCUGGUUUGUUAUAUUAUCUGCCUCACUCCAAGCCCUGGCUGCAGUGAGAUAUAGGCUAAAAGAAAGGCUUGACAAAAUAUUUGGCAUUUGCAUUCAGAGGCCCGUGGAAAACUCUGGCCUUAAAGUGAUGGUAAGUUUGUUCGUAGUAGGGAGUUGCGGGUGAAUCAUUCAUUUGCUGUGUGUUCCUUACUUGCUGCAGGACUCAGGAGUUGCUUUCCUCACAGAUUUCCCUACUCCUCACAUUGCUGCUCUUCUCUGAGUCAGGUACCUUCUAGUCAUGUCUUUAAUAUGGGCCCUGAACAGGUGCUGAAGGGAGGUACCUGUGCAGAGGGAAAUAGAAGAGGAUUAAGGAAGAGUUGUAGAGUGUUUGUUCCCUAUUCCCUCCCCAUGCCCUGAAUAUCUCUGUAAAUCAGGGAAAGAAGGCAGAUGCUGAGUGAAGUGCUACUGAGGGGAGUUGAAACUUUAAUUUAUGCCUAUGAGAAGAUCUGGUUGGCCACUGGGGAGAUUUGCUUUUAAAUUCCUGCUCUGAUUGUUGAUGACUUUGAAGUAUGCUUAAAAACAAGGCUAUCUGUGGAAGAAGUAGCUUGGAAUAUGGAUCCCUAAAUUCAAAUUCACUUCAGGAAUUGCCCACAAUCAAGCAGUACAUAUAGAUAAGUUGCUUAUUUGGAAUGAAUUUGAGGAUAUUUUAAAGGAAAGUAUGAGGUGUUUCAGACCAUUUGGAAGAGCAUGUCAUCUAAUUUACGAGGCUGUCUUGGCCAUUUUCUUGAAACGUUCUGUAUUAGCAGAAGCUUAUUUUGCUGGGAAAGGGUUAAAGGAACAGUGCUAGCUCAAUGGGAAAGGUGAUCUCCUCUCUUAAGUUAGAAGAAAGACCCUGGUUCUCCUGAGGAUGACUGCUGAGUGUGUGGGCUGGAUGAGUUCAGUGAGAAAAAGAGAGUUUGGAGAUCAUGUUGCUCUUUAGGAUCUCUUUAAAAUAAAUUCAUACCAAAAUAGGAUUACAUCUUUGGCUUUGCAGUUUGCAUAGUUACACAUGCAAAUUCUGUUUCCUCCAACUCUGAGGCUACACUUACUGUAUUUUAGAUGUGCUUCUUUGUGUAAAGUUUGCCUAAAAUCUCUGUCCACUGAUUUUCUAUGCUUGGAGGUAGAAGGGACAGACACUUGUAUGUGCAUCAGUCGUGCCCCUGUUGCAGUUCAAAAGCACUGAACAACUGCAAAGCCUUGGAGAUGAGGUGGAAGGAACUUAUCUCAGGAAACAUGGGUAAGUUAUUCUGCAAAAAAACCUGUCCCUGGAAGUUUUUAAGUUGAUCCUUGCUGGGAGUGCUCAACUUCUGUGAUGGAGGGUGUGUUCUGAUGGUGUUUGUUCCCUAAGAACAGGAAAAAGAGAUUUUUCUCAGAUGAGUUGUCUCAGGGAAGUAAGAUGAAUAAACACAAGGGAGCCUAUAGUUUUUACAAGAGUGAAAGGUUAAGCUGAAGUUAAUGGAGGAGCCUAGAUUUAAGCUACACAGAUUCUGACUGUCUCUGCAGAAUAGUUGUGUCUUAAGCUUGCAUGCUUUAUUUUUUCCACAGUAGCCACCCAGCCCAUGUUAACACUUACUCUGGUUGAGAGCAUUCCCUCUUGCACCUACAGGGAAUACAAGAUGCAUGUGCCUGCACAGCAGUGCCCCGAGGAGCUGUGGGAGCACAGAGCUCACUGUAGGCUGAUUUACCCAUUCACUCAGUAUCUCUACAGUGUGCUUCUGUGACAGCAGUCUAGACAUACCCAUGUUGGUAUAAGUCACCUUUAUGUGAGUCAAACUACACACACUAGGGCUUUUACUGCAAAUAAACUGUCUCUCUGUUUAAAGAUCAUAUCCUUAACCAACAGAGUCAUAUCAUGCACACUGUUAAAAUUCUUAGACCACACCUAUGAAAUAUUGUGCAGAACAUUCAGUGAAAGCAUGCUUUCUUGUUUUGUUUAAUUUGAAAACUCAUUAGGCAACACAAUUAUUGCUGGUUUAUUAAAGGACUUAGAAGGUGGCACUUUAAUGUAAGACUGACAAGUGAGAAUUCAUGUUGUAGAACUCCUUCAUGGCCAGUUCCAGUUUCCAUAGCAACAGUUACGGCAGUAAAAUGUAGGUAAGGAAAAUUGAAUUUUUAAAAGCAGUUGGCAUUUCUACAUUACCUUUCAAAGGUAAGUUUCCAUAGAAAUGCAGCACCUCAGAACAAAAAUUACGUAAGAACCUCAAGAUUCUAUUCUAGCAAAAUGCACGGUAAUUGCUUUUCUGGUGAGGAAAAAAGGAACAGUUUUGCUUUCAGUCCCUGCCCUCUGCUUAUGUGAGAGUAGAAAUUAGGUUGCUUCAUAUCUCAGUUUCCCCCUUCAGUAAAUUGGGAAUAAUACAACUCCCUGUGUAGGUCAUAAGCCUCAAUUUUUUUGUAGUCCUAGUCAUUAAAAGCUCUAUGGGAGCUAUUAGAGAAGAACUGUAUGGCUGUGUGGGACAGAGUGAAUGGAUGCUGGAGUGGAACUUAGGAAAAGUUGUUCUUCUGUUAGUAUUAAUAGCUUUGUAUUUUUCUGCCUUUUUUUCCCAUGCAUAUUGUUUUGCUUGUCUUGUCAUCUUUCUCUCCAAGGCCUAUGGGGCAAUGAUGGUCUCCCUGUUUUUAUUUAUAUCAUAUUUUUUUCUGGAAUCCUGUUUCCUCUUAUGACUUCUUAGAUGACUUCAUAAAAAUAGAAAUCCAGAUAUAUGAGUUCUGAGUAUUCGUGUUCUGAAAUCUUUGGAUUGUAAAUUUGGACCCACAAGGGCCAUGCAUUUUAUACAACCUGCCUGGGAAAUGAACUUUACUUUCAAAAUAAUAAAUGACCAAGUUAAA